CAUAUAUCAUUAACAAAUCUUCUCAUUCGAUCAAUUUCAAUUGAGACAUUGACCAAGUGAUAUUUACCUACCUUGGUUCUAUCAAUCACAUAUCUAUCUCUAUCUCUCUUGAAUUCUUGAAUGCUCGACCUUCCUAUUUAUAUCUCUUCAAAAGACCAUCGAUGCGAUCAAUCAAAAACACAAAGAUAUAAUUCUCGGACAUCAUGAUAUCAUUAUUGAGCUUAUCGCAGGAUUUAUCUGUACAAGAAGCCUUAUCGGGCAUAUUUGGAAGUAUAAGUUUGGCAACUUGGAUCUUUUUGUUGGUUCGUGAUACCCUCCCUCGUAUCCAGUCUUUGAACCUUCAUGCCCAACCAAAUUGUUAAAGGUUUGGUGGUAUGGGCUCAUGAAUGGCCUAGCCAUAUUGACGUGAUCCGAUCUCUUUAGGUACCACAACUUAUCUUGAACUAUCGAUCUCAGAGUGCCGAUGGAGUGUCAUUGGCUUUCUUAACGGUGUGGUUUAUUGGGGACAUCACGAAUCUUGCCGGUAAGCACAACAUGAAUUUUGAGGAAAGGGUCGUGUAAUCUUGGCAACCAUAUCAUGGUAUCGACAGGCACGGUCUGACUAUGGCAUCGAUAACCUUGUUCAUGAUGUUGAUGGCUCAACUAUCAAGAUUUCAUUCUUCGAUGAUCACGUGCGUAUACUGAUCUAUCAUCAGGUGCAAUUUGGGCCGAUCUUGUCCCUACAGUUGUUGUCCUGGCCAUCUACUUCUGUAUUGCCGACUUCGUACUCAUUGGACAAUGUCUUUACUACAACAAAAAGAACGCUCAGAAACAACGGGAAACAGAAUCCGCUGCACCAACAGAGGAAGACCCUCUUCUUACCCGUCGACGAAGCAACAGCAGUAUUGGACUUCCAGGAUCUCAUAGAAGACGUUCUUCAGCAAUAAGCGGAAACCAACAUCAUGAAGAUACCUUGACCAAAAUCUUGGAAGAAGAUGAUUCGUCAGAUGGAAAUGCUUGGGUGAGGAACGUUGUUAGCGUUUUACUGGUUAUUGCUGCCGGAACAGCUGGAUGGGCUAUUGCUUGGAGAAGUGGUGUUUGGAUGCCUACCCCGGAGAAUGGAGGUGAUGUUCCUAGAACGAAUGAUGUUGCCGUUGGAGCAGAGGUACUAGGAUAUUUCAGUGCGAUCUGUUAUCUUGGGUGAGUUGACUCAUACGAGGAGAAAGUGUGACAGACGAGUGCUAAUGAGAUUGUCCAGUGCCCGAAUUCCUCAAAUUUUGAAGAACUAUAAGGAGAAGUCUUGUGAUGGUAUGUAAACUCCAUCUUGCUCUACACAUCACUUGGUAUCUCAAGCUAACAAUUACAGGCCUCGCACUCCUUUUCUUCCUCCUCUCAUUAAUGGGCAAUCUUACAUACGGUGCUGGCAUACUUUUCCAUUCAUUGGAGAAAGAAUACCUCAUUGUCAAUACUCCAUGGCUCAUUGGAUCUUUGGGAACGAUUGUCGAAGAUGCAGUUAUCUUCCUUCAAUUUAGAAUGUAUGCACCUAAGCCAACUUCAACAUCUGCCGUAGAAUAGGCAACAUAUAUGGCAAAUUGAGUGUAGAUCACAUAGAGAGAUGUCGAAUCUAGCAUCGAGGAUGUAGAACAGAUCACCGGUGAGUGUAGAGGAAGGGCGUUUCUGAAUCAUUUCUUCUAUUUUUAACUUGUAUAAAAGGAAUCAGGGACAUGAACCGAAUUGCAGAUGAGGAAGGUUAGAUAUUGUAGAUGAGGAAGGGUUGGACAUUUUAAUGAUAAUCAACGCGACAAAUGUAAAUAUUAUUGAACAAAGUCUUUUAGAAAUGAUCAAUUUCUUUCGCCAA